AUGGAGAGUCAACUAGAUCUCUAUGGUCUUGAAUUACUGAAUAGCAUAAAUUAUUCUGGUUUGCCUCCACAUAAAUUAAUAUUCAAGGUUGGUGUUCCGGUGAUGUUAUUGAGGAAUAUUGACCAAUCCAGUUGUCUUUGUAAUGGUACAAAGCUACAAGUUAGGAAGCUUGGAAAUCAUGUCAUAGAAUGUGAAGUUUUAACGGGUAACAAUGUUGGUUAUAUUGCUUUGAUUCCAAGAAUGAAUAUGGUACCAACAGAUGAAACCGUCCCAGUUAGAUUCCAACGAAGACAGUUUUCCAUAAUAGUAUCAUUUGCCAUGACAAUUAAUAAGUCUCGGGGACAAAUUUUAUCUCAUGUUGGAUUGUACUUGUCCAAACCAGUUUUUACACAUGGCCAACUAUAUGUGGCACUUUCAAGAGUUAAGUGUAAGAGAGGUUUAAAAGUUUUACUUAUGAAUCAUGUAUGA